CCUCCCGGGCCCUGCAGCCCCUCUGACCUGGGGAGCCCGGAACUGCUUCUGGGUGAAGCCGGGGCCACCAUUGGAGCUCCGUGACCCUCGUUUUCUCACGUGGAGGAAGCCGCCGGGGCUGGCGGGAGGAUGGAGCCUGAAUCUCUCUACAACCUGCUGCAGGCGCCCAGGCCGGCGGAGGAGGAGCUCCCACAAGGGGAAAAGAAGAAAUUCCUGCCCCCCACGUCCCGGAAGGACCCCAAAUUUGAAGAACUGCAGAAGGUGCUGAUGGAGUGGAUCAACGCCGAGCUCCUCCCCGAGCACAUCGUGGUCCGGAGCCUGGAGGAGGACAUGUUCGACGGGCUCAUCCUGCAUCACCUUUACCAGAAGCUGGCGGGGACCAAGCUGGAGGUGGAGGAGAUCGCCUUGACCGCCAUGAGCCAGAGGCGCAAGCUCGAGGUGGUCCUGGAGGCCACCAACCGCUGCCUGCAGGCGGAAGAGCCCAAGUGGAGCGUGGACGCUAUCUUCAACAAGGACCUGCUGGCCACUUUGCAUCUCCUCCUGGCCCUGGCCAAGCGCUUCCAGGCCGACCUGCCCCUCCCACCCAACGUGCAGGUGGAGGUGAUCACCAUGGAGAGCACCAAGAGCGGCCUGAAGUCGGAGAAGUCCGUGGAGCAGCUCACUGAGUGCAGCGCAGACAAGGAUCGAGCUGCCAAGGACGUCUUCGAUGAGUUAUUCAGUCUGGCUCCCGAGAAGGUGGGCGCCGUGAAGGAGGCCAUCGUGACCUUCGUCAACCAGAAGGUGGAGCGCCUGGGCCUGUCUGUGCAGAACCUGGACACCCAGUUUGCAGAUGGCGUCAUCUUACUCCUGCUGAUUGGACAACUGGAGGGCUUCUUCCUGCACCUGAAGGAAUUCUACCUCACGCCCAACUCCCCCGCGGAGAUGCUGCACAAUGUCACCCUGGCCCUGGAGCUGCUGAAGGACGAAGGCCUGCUCGACUACCCUGUCAGCCCCGAAGACAUCGUGAACAAGGACAGCAAGAGCACGCUGCGGGUCCUCUACAGCCUCUUCUGCAAGCACAAGCUGAAGGACGGCCAGGCCGGGGGGCCGCGG